UUGGUUAGCAAAACGCUUUUUCCAAUAUGCAUUGAAUCCUGUUUAUAAAUAGACACAGAUUAAUAUAAUAUCCGAGAAAUGAUGGCAGGCGAUCAGAAAAUGGAAGUUGAUGGAGGUACAGCUGUCAAUCAUGAAGGGAUCAAACAGUACUACAUCAGCAAAAUUGAAGAAUUGCAGCUUGUUGUCACUGACAAGACACAGAACUUAAGAAGAUUAGAAGCACAGCGAAAUGAACUGAAUGCUAAAGUGAGAAUGUUGCGAGAGGAACUUCAGCUAUUACAAGAACAAGGCUCUUAUGUGGGGGAAGUAGUCAAACCCAUGGACAAAAAGAAAGUCUUAGUCAAGGUGCAUCCAGAAGGGAAGUUUGUGGUAGAUAUUGACAAAAACAUUGACAUUAAUGAUGUCACUCCAAACUGUAGAGUUGCUCUUCGAAAUGACAGUUACACGCUGCACAAAAUUCUUCCCAACAAGGUUGACCCUCUAGUGAGUCUGAUGAUGGUAGAGAAAGUACCAGAUUCAACCUACGAAAUGGUGGGAGGUCUGGACAAGCAGAUCAAGGAGAUCAAGGAGGUCAUAGAACUGCCAGUCAAGCACCCAGAGCUGUUCGAGGCCCUAGGAAUUGCCCAGCCUAAGGGUGUGUUGCUGUAUGGACCCCCAGGCACUGGGAAGACUUUACUGGCCAGAGCAGUGGCUCACCAUACAGAGUGUACCUUCAUCCGCGUGUCUGGAUCUGAACUGGUGCAAAAGUUCAUCGGAGAGGGCUCCAGGAUGGUGCGAGAGCUCUUUGUUAUGGCCAGAGAACAUGCACCAUCUAUCAUUUUCAUGGAUGAAAUUGAUUCUAUAGGCUCCUCAAGAUUAGAGGGCGGAUCAGGAGGUGACUCUGAAGUGCAAAGAACAAUGUUGGAAUUAUUAAACCAAUUAGAUGGCUUUGAGCCGAAGCAAAACAUUAAGGUUAUUAUGGCCACCAACAGAAUUGACAUCCUGGACUCGGCUUUAUUACGUCCAGGCAGAAUAGACAGAAAAAUCGAGUUCCCUCCCCCGAAUGAGGAGGCAAGGUUAGACAUUCUGAAAAUCCACUCCCGUAAGAUGAAUCUGACAAGGGGCAUCAAUCUAAGGAAAAUCGCCGAGAUGAUGCCAGGGGCUUCCGGGGCAGAGGUCAAGGGGGUGUGCACAGAGGCCGGAAUGUACGCCCUGAGAGAGAGACGAGUGCAUGUUACCCAAGAGGACUUUGAGUUGGCGGUGGCCAAGGUGAUGCAGAAGGAUUCAGAGAAAAACAUGUCCAUUAAAAAGCAGUGGAAGUAGAUCUGUUUGGAUCCCAGUCUUCAUUUUUGUUUGUGAAUGUGCAUUGAGGAGGGCAACUUCUGUUACAGAGACAAUAAAAUCCUCCAUUUCUAUCAUUUCUAUACACUUAUCAAUGUCAGUCUCAGAUAAUAUUAAAUAUUCAUUGUGAAAUUUAAAA